CUUUGUUUUGUGUUUCUAUGGCAUGCAUGUCUAAUAAGUAUGGACUUAUGGUCCAUCAUGUACUGGGAGGUAUGAGAUAUUACUAGUCAACGGUUCAUCUUUGAGCAAUAAUUUGAGUUGGAAAACUGAGGAAGCUAACAUAAUGGAUAAUCUUCGAUACAUCACAAUUGCCGAAAAGGAAAAAUAAAAUAAAAACAGAUUUAAGGUAAAUCAUCAUAUGCAUGCAUGUUAUGUUACUCUAUCAUGUCGGUAGUCAGCUUGCAUAUAUAUUGGUCCAUAUAGCAUAUAUGGGGUAAAUUAUUUUAGUCGUUUAUAUAAUGAUAAUUCUCUUCUUGCAAAUCAUUGUGUACUAGUUCAAUCUACUUUGUAUUUGUGUGUAUAAUAUUUUUUGUAAGUGUCAUUAAGAAAUAUAUUCUCGGUUUAUGAAAAUGUGUGGUAGAUGGCAACAACAAAUGAUGCAAAAGAAGGAAACUAUAUAUGGUCAGAUGAUGAGAUGGUACUCUUCUGUGAAAUUUUAAUCGCAUCUUUUGUGAAAAAUGGGCGAGGACAAGGAGUUAAGUGGUCCUUAGUUCAGAAACAGUUGGAGAAUGAACUAAGUCGAAAAUGUCCAGUAAAAUCUUUAAAGAAUAAGUAUGAUUCAAUGAAGAGAGAUUGGCGGCUUUGGAAGUUCUUGAAAACAGGAGAAACUGGCCUUGGGUGGGAUUCAGUGACAGGAAAGAUACAAGCCUCAAAUGAUUGGUGGGAAAAAAAAAUUAUGGAGAAACGUGAGGUAAAGAAGUUUCGAAAUAAAGGAUUGCUUCCUGCCAUAGAAGAUUUAUGGAAUCAAUUAUUUCAAGAUGGUUAUGCUACAGGUGCUAAUGUUGUGUCAACUAAUAUUGAUCCAUCAAGUAUGAAACAGGAUGAAAGAAGUGGUGGAGAUAAGAAUGAGAAUAAUGUUGAUGAACAUUGUCAUCUCUUAGAAUUAAUGUUUCUAAAGCAUUUCUUUAAAUAAUAAAAGGACGCUAUUGGAUGCAUUGAUGGAACACACAUAAAUGCAUGUAUACCCGAGACAGAGCAAUUGCGUUAUAGAGGGAGAAAAGGAAACCCUACUUUCAAUGUCAUGGCAACAUGUGAUUUUGAUAUGUGUUUCACUUUUAUUUCUCUUGGAUGGGAAGGAUCCGCUCAUGACACUCGGGUUUUUCUUCAUGCACUUAAUACACAAGAACUGAACUUUCCGAAACCCCCAGAAGGUAAGUACUACUUGGUGGACAAAGGAUAUCCGGACAGAAAAGGCUAUUUGGUACCAUACCCGAAAACAAGGUACCACAAGGAUGAAUUCACGAAUAUGCCACCGACUAAUGAAAGAGAAGCCUUUAAUCGAUCUCAUUCAUCCCUACGAAGUUGUAUUGAGAGAUCAUUUGGAGUUUUGAAAAAAAGAUGGAAAAUAUUAGGGCAAAUGCCACAAUUCAGUGUCGAGACUCAACUUGAUGUCAUUAUGGCCGCUUUUGCCUUGCAUAACUACAUACGAAAAAAUUCUACAGAGGACCUUAUCUUUAGAAUGGUCGAUGAGAAUCCUGAUUACAUGCCUUGUGAAGAACUUCCCGACGUUAUCCAUGCUAGAAACAAUGAAACGUCAAGAGAGACUUCUAAAGAAAUGGAAAAAGUUCGUGAUGACAUUGCUUCUUUGAUUUGGAAAGCACAAUGAUUGUAUUUUAAAAUAAAGUACAAUAUAUGUUUUAUAUUAAUAAUAAUUUUAUUUCUGCAAAAUAUAAUGAUAUGUUGAUUUAAAAUUUCAGCUACAGUCAUAAAUAAUUUUACCAAACAGGUUAUGCAAUCAGCUAGCUUAUCAGUUUCAGCACCUUAACAGUUUCAGCUGCUACCUAAUCAGUUUCAGUCACCUUAUCAGUUUCAGCUCCAUUUCACCUUAAU